CUGUUACAUCGCGUGCUAUGCGCUUAUUUUAUGAGUUGCUUCGGUCGAUACGCCGCAGUGCUGAGUUAAACGCCGACGUAAACGGACGGAUUGGACUAACGUUCGGUUUAGUUGACGAGAGUUCGUGUCGUCCGCUGUUGCGCUCGGAACAAUUUUUGAAAUCGGCGCCAAAAUGAGCUACCUGGAGAAAGUCGACCGAUACCUGGACUCCCUCAAAGUUGGGAAGAGCGCCCUGGUAGAUUCCUGGUUCAUGAUGUCCAGUCCAAUGCCCAUACUGUCUGUGGUGGUAGCCUACCUGAUUCUCAUCCGUAUCGGGCCCAGGAUCAUGAAGAAUCGGCAGCCACUACAGAUGAACAGGCUCAUCGCUUACUAUAACGCUUCUCAAGUAUUCCUGGCUACUAUGAUUUGUUUUAAGGUUUUCAAGUUGAAUCUCUUCAGAGAUGGAAUUAUUUACGCAGGGUGUCGCUAUCCGUCCAACACGCAAAACGCAAACCUGCUAGAUUUGGGUUGGUGGUAUUUCUUUGCAAAAUUCACUGAACUUCUUGACACCGUAUUCUUCGUUCUGCGAAAGAAAGAUAAACAGGUAACCUUCCUCCAUGUCUACCAUCACGUGAUAAUGGCUCUCUACUCCUGGAGCUACCUGAAGUUUGCAGCUGGCGGUGAGGGGGCAGUUCUAGCGCUUCUCAAUUCAGUGGUCCAUGUGGUCAUGUACUCGUACUAUCUGCUGUCAGGGCUGGGGCCCAGGUUCCAGAAGUAUUUGUGGUGGAAGAAGUAUGUUACUAAGCUGCAACUGAUCCAGUUCAUCCUGAUGCUCACGUACUGCGCAUGGACUCACUUCUCCCCUCGCUGCCAGUACGCCUCCGGCUUCACCUACUUUAUCUGCUCCAACAUCACCAUCUUCCUCCUCCUGUUCGUCAACUUCUACACCAAGAGCUACAGGAAAAGAAACCUCGAGAAGAAAAACAUUGAAAAGGAAAUCAAAGAAGAAUACGACAAAGCUCACAAUGGAGUCAAAACUAAUGGAGUCUGCAAAAAUGGAGUCAAUAAAAAAGAAAAUGGAGUACAUGGGAAUGAUUGUACUGCAGUUCCUACUAUAGAAGAAAUGAUUCCAUGUGAUAUCAACGCCUGCGGAGAUUACGUUAGAGAUGGCAAUUUACUACUGUCGAGGCGGACAGCAAAAUCAACACACAACGGCGCCGAGUAUGACUUCGAUAGUAUAAUAAAGAAAUGAUUCGUCAUGGUCAAAGACUACAGCUAGCGGUUCUAUUGAGACUGAUGUAUGUGAUGACAUUGGUAUUGUUAAAGCCUAAGAUUUUUGUGGAGUUUGGAACUUAGAUAAGUACGCUUAAGUAUUCGCUUCACUAGGACUCUCUCAAAUUGAAGAAAGGACCAUGUUUGGUGCUAUCAUUUGUUGGAGCCGUUAAUUUUCAAGUGGGGUCUAAAAUUACAGCAUAUCGUAGUUCGUAUUGCAAAAUUAAUGAAUUUAAAUUAUCGUAACAGUGAGAAGACGCUUUAAAUUUACAAUAAAUUGCCAACCGCACAAUUGUUAAUGUAGAUUUUAAGGUUAAGCAUUUGCUGUAAAUAUAAUACGUGAAGUAUAAUCGUGCACUUAUUCGAUGCAGGCAGAUUUUAGAAUUGAGACCUUUCAUACAUGGAGAUACAAGGAUAAAUUCUGAUGAUGAAUGGAUUAUUUGUAAAAUAAUGGAAAUUUUAACAGUACUUAUUAAGGACACCGCUCUAAGCAAUGCAAGUUAUUGUGUGCACAGCACUUCAAAAUCAGCGAUUUCUUGCCAAACGUUAAAUACUUAAGUAUCCUACAUUCUCUAAGUUGAAUUGCAGUAUGCCGUCCACUUGGAUAAUAAGUUUCCAGUGAGUACUUACAUUUUGAUGUUACUUCAAAUGAAUCAUCUUUUUUGUUCGUAGCGUCUUUUAAUGCUAGUUUUUGUUUGCGUUUUCUAACUAUUGUUUUAUUAAUUUGUAGCUUGUUGUCAUUUUUUCCAUCUUUAGAAGCAAUUUGACUUAAAGUGGGUACAUUAACUUUUAAGUGAUUAAUUAAUAUUUAAAUUUUAGCUUCUACAAAUUGUUAUUUUUUGAUGUCUUGCUCUCCGUUUAGAGUAAAUGGUCUUAAUAUUUUUUUCGAAUCAUUACUUCAGGCUGGCUAUUUGGCUAAAUUGUUUUACUUGUACCAUUGAGCAGAAUAUUCAAUUAACCAGAUUUUUGGAAAUGUUAUUCAAUUGCAUUACUACACAGCUCUGCAUAUCUCUUUUUACUUUGAUGUUCAAUGGUACAGUUUUUAAUGCAGAAUUAACGCCUAGAAGCAGAUAUGAUUCAAAACACAAAGACAAUACUGCAUUCUGAAUUUGCUAAUUUUAGUUAUUUCUCAAUGGUACAAAAGCAAGCUCACUUAAUUUACUACUAAAACGUUAGAAUUGAAACUAUAGCAUAAUGUAUGAAAAGCCUCAUAAAAUUAUCAAUUUAAGUAUAAUAAGUUUUAAGAAAAGAGUGCCAGAAUAUGUCUCAUAUUCGAGGAACCCGUAAUUUUGUUAAGUACCUACGAUUAGUUAAUUUAAUAAUUAAUUUUUCAAUUAGCAUAGUUUUGAUUUUGUACUUUUAAUGCAAUUAACAAUAGUACAAAAUAAUGUUAAUUUUAAGAAACUAAUAAAGUUUAAAUAAUA